AUGGCGCGCGUGGCCCGGCUGCGGCCUCUGUGCUCCAAGAUGAUUCGGCCAUGGAUCUUUGUCGCUGCAGCCUUCGUUCAGAUUCGGGUCCAAGGAGCCUGCUUGCCCGAUGCCAUUGAUGCAAGCCAGAGGCGAAACUUGACGCGAGGUGAUGGUGCAUCUUAUCCGGUGGGCCUGUUUACACUUAAUUGGGCAGCCAGUCUCGUGACAACCGGUGUGGCCCACGUCCUCAUAGAGGAGCGGAUGGGUUACAACGUCCUCGAAACCGGGACUGGCUCUGGGACCAUUGAGGGCUUCUACGCCCUGUUCGGAUGCCUGCAGCCGAACAACAUCACCAAUCGGGGCUGUGGGCCGUCGGUUACAUACAGUCACAUCGCAUUAGAAGCCUGGCCGGAAACUUAUGUCAGCGAAUGGGCAGAGGUCAUCAAGCAGAAUCCGGCUAUGGCACCGGUGAUUCUGGGCAGCAUGGGUUACGAUGGCACCACCGGAAUUUUCUUCCCCUCCAGCAGCUUGAACUCGGCCUACUAUACAGAGGGCAUCGCGCUGGAGUUUUACCGUGGCUGGAACUACUCGUGGAGCCAAAGCUGGAAAUACUUCGACAGCGUGGCGUCCAUCGGCCUGAACCUAGUACUUCCAUGUGUGGAGACGCGCUUCCAGAUCUCGAAGGUCAAUGAGGAUUACAUCCGCUACACAGGUGACAUGGAUGGCGUGGACGUGCUGCCUAACGGCGAUCUUGUUGCAAGGUGUCCAGAUGGCCACUUCUGGCUUGCACCGGGCUGUCGCGCAGACAGCUCCAAGUGUGUUCCAUACGUCACCGGCGGAAGUGGAUGGUGGCUAGAUGACACCAUGCAGAAAGCCACGGCCUACGAUAUUCCCAUGGCUCUUGGAGUAGCAAGAGAUCUCGGUGCACUGCCAAAACAGCGGACCACAACCUUCUAUGCCUGGGUGCCAGAUACAUCAUUUUUUGAGCUGCAGCCGGCAAGUAUCACCUUCCCUCCGAACGAUAUCAACGCCCACUUGAACGGAGAUAAGAGGACUGCCGCGCCUGACUCCUUGGUUGCGAAGGUCGUGAGCCAGGAUUUAUCCUCCCUGUCGCCGCGGCUGGAAGACUUUUUGCGCAACAUGCGCUAUAACCUGAAGAAUGUGAACGACAUGAUGGGGGACUUGCUCAAGACGGGAGACUCCCACCGUGAUGUGGCCUGCCGAUGGCUUUUGGACAACCGUGGUGUUUGGGAAAGCUGGCUGCCGGACGAAACGAAAUGCUUCCCGGGCUUUGGCUUGUAUGACACGAACUUGUCGGAUUUCAUAAGCAACAGGGACAACCCCACAUUCUUGGAAUGUCGUGCCUGCGAGUCUGGGAGAUUCUCCUCCCGCCUGGACGAUGUCAGGGGUUUCACCUACGAGUGCAAGCGCUGUGCACCCGGCACAAGCCAGCCGUCCGGUGCAGCCUUGCAGUGCGAGAAGUGCAACCCAGGUGAGUAUCAGAGCGAGGUGGGCAAGCAGGCCUGCAAUCGCUGCGAGAUCGGCUACUACCAGGAUGAGCCCGGGUCGCCUCUUUGCGUCGUCUGCCCCAGCGGCACAACUUUGGGCCUCGGUUCAGUCUCUUUGGCAGACUGUGGGUGUGAGGCUGGCUUCAUUGAUCAGGCUGGCGACGGCAAUUUGAGUUGCCUGCCUUGUGGCCCGGGCCUCGACUGCCCAGCUUUGGGCUCCCUGACGAGCUUGGAGUCGGGCAGUUCUCCACUGGGGAUCAACUUCGUGCCCAAAGUGAAGAAGGAUUUCUAUAGCUCGCCGGAGAAUCCGUUGAUGCUGUUCCGGUGCUUGGGAGCCGGACGCUGUCCGGGCGGCAGGCCGGGAAGCUGUGCAGGCGGACUCCAAUACCGGGCUUGCACCGAGUGCCCCCAGGGCCAGGUCUUCAGCACCGACAGCUGCCAGAACUGCACCGUCUGGCAGCAAGCUGGCUGGGUUCUGUGCUUGCUGCUGAUUUUUCUGGGCUUGGUUGUGGCCUACUACAUGCUCACCUUGCAAAGUACAGCGAAGGCCUCGGUGCUCUUCACGACAGCAUGUGCUUUCGGCCUUACCAUCUCCUCCUUACAGAGUGUUGGGAUCGUGGGGAUGAUGACGGUGGACUUCCCAGUCGAGCUGAGGCCCAUCUUCGACCUCUUGCAAGUCUUCGUGCUGGACAUCGACAGCUUGGCAUUCAGUUGCAUCGCUGGAAACUCUGCUCCCGCCCGAUACACCUCUUCAGUUCUUUUCUUCCCCGCCAUGGUCCUGUGGCUCGUGGUGUGUUCGUUUGCGUCUCGCUGGCUGCCCUCCGAGUUUCGGUGGGAAAGAAGCAAGACCUGCAGCGUAAUCGGAGCUUUGCUGCAGGUGGGCUUCAGCACUAUGAGCUCGAUAUCCAUGGCGCCCCUGAUGUGCUUCAGUCACCCGAACGGCGUGCACAGCCUCCUCAAGUAUCCUAGCGUUACGUGUGGCACCGCUGACCACGCCAUCAUGCUGGCGAUGGGCCUCUUGCUCUUGAUCGUUGGGGUGUUGGGCUUUCUGGCCCUGUGCACCUAUGCAGUGGUCCUUUCACCAAGGUGGAGCGCCCAGGGGCACCACACAAAGGUCAGGGCCUUCCGAUUCCUGCUCUUCCGCUUCCGACUGGACAGUUGGUGGUUCGGGGUGCCGUUGCUGAUCCGCGGCCCGCUGCUGUCACUUCCCAUCGCGCUGGCCACUGACUAUCCGCCCAUUCAAGUUAUGGCCAUGUCGAGCGUCUUCAUAGUCUUCCUGGCACUGGAGUGCCGUGCGUGGCCCUGGAAGGUUCCCCUCUUAAACGUCAUGGACGCACUGCUCUGCCUGAUCAUGACGCUGCUUGUGGGCUCCACCUCGCUUCAUCUCGGACCCAUUGAGGGCGAAAUGAAGGACUUUGCCAGCAUCCUGGCCUCAGUUCUCAUGGGAUGCCUUGGCCUUGCGAUGGCUUCGCUCCUCUUCAUGACUGUGUCUGCUCUCGUCUAUCGAGCAGCGCUGGGUGGGCAGCAAGAGCUCGUUUUCUUCAACUUGCACAAGCAGCCCUCUUCGGCAGAGGUGUCGGAGCGGCUGAAAGCCUCGGCUGCCCGGAUACGGAGCAUGGAGGAGUCCGAUCUUUUGCAGGCGGUAGGGCUGCUGUCGGUCUACGACCUGGGACUCGUGGUGUCCUACAUGUCGAUGGCACAUUCUGAGAUCGCAGCAACAGAAGCGGGCGACGAGUUGCAGAUGCACCGUAUCUGCUCGCAUUCCUUCGCGCCUCCGAAACCCAAGCUCAGGAAGAUGAAGAAGCCCUCUGACUUGGGACGACGCCUGCGCUUGACUGUGCAGAGACUGACGGCGGAGAUGGACACGGGAAGACCAAGCCUUCUCCAGGACGAGCUGCCCUCCGAGGAUGGCAUGGGUGCUUCCUUCAGUAACCGACUUGAGGCUGCAGCGGACAACGACCUCAAGGACUUGGGCCCGAAGCCAAAAGAGCUGGA